AUGUCCACUUUAACAGGCUUAUGCAGAUUGAGGAAUCUUGAAGAGUUAGAUAUUAGUCGUAAUGGAUUUUGGGGUCCUCUUCCUUCAUGCUUGUGCAAUAUGACCUCGCUCCGUGUGCUUGAUGUUCACAAUAACAAUUUUAGUGAGGCCAUUCCAUCAUCUCUCUUCUAUAAUCUCAAGUCACUUGAAUAUAUUGAGCUCUCUGGAAAUGCUUUUGAAGGCUUACUUUUUCUUGCUUCCCUGGCUAAUAAUUCUAACCUUGAGGUAUUCCGCCUCAUCGACAACCAUAAACGACUGGAAGUAAAUACAGAGGAGCCCACUUGGUUUCCUUCAUUUCAACUGAAGAUGUUUGGUUUAUCAAACUGUGUGAUCAACAAAGACGCAAAUGGCCUAAUUCCCAGCUUUCUGAAAGAACAGCAUGACCUGAGAGGUGUUCAACUCAACCACAAUGGAAUGACAGGAAAUUUUCCAAAUUGGCUAUUGGACAACAAUGUAUUACUAAAACAGUUCGAACUCACAGGCAAUAAUUUGUCAGGUCCAUUUCAUUUGCCUUCCAAUUUGAAUCUUCUCAGCAUGUGGUGGUUCGAUGUGUCUGCUAAUAUUAUUGAAGGAGAGCUUCCAUCUCGAAUUGGUUCUAUCCUCCCGGAUUUGAGAUAUUUGAACCUAUCAAACAACUUAUUGCAAGGUAGAAUCCCUCCCUCAAUUGGCAAUAUGAAAAAACUGGAUGCAUUGGAUUUGUCGAAUAAUGGCUUCACAGGAGAAAUACCAAAGACACUGGCUAAAGGUUGUGCAUUACUUUCUACAUUGAAACUGUCCAACAACAAUUUGCAAGGCCAAAUGCUACCAAGGUAUACUAACUUGACAAACUUGAGAUAUUUGCAUCUGGAUAAUAAUUUUUUCACAGGAGACAUAUCGCCUGAUAUAUUAAAUAGCUCCUCCUUGAUCAUUUUGGAUGCAAGUCAUAAUUUCCUAUCUGGAACACUUCCCAAUUGGAUUGGAGAUAUUAGUAGUCAUGCGCUUAUCUUGUCGAGUAAUUUAUUCGAAGGUCCUUUACCAUUGAGCUUUUGCAAGUUACUGUAUUUCGAUUAUUUGGACCUUUCAAGUAACAACCUUGGGCCAAAUAUACCCCCUUGUGUCAAUUUUACACUUACUUUGAGGUUCUUGCAUUUAACUAAUAACACGCUUGCUGGGCAGUUUCCUAAGUUUCUUUCUAGAGCUUCAAAUAUGGUCACAUUGGAUCUUAGACAUAAUGCACUAUCAGGUGAGAUCCCUAGCUGGAUCGGUUCGUUUCACAAGUUGAAGGUUCUUCUAUUGCAAGGAAACAAUUUUGAAGGUUCAAUCCCUUUGGAUCUAUGUCUAUUGAAAAACAUGAGCAUAUUAGAUCUCUCCAAUAAUAAUCUUUCUGGAAAUAUUCAUUCUUGUUUGAACGAUUUGACGUUCGGAAGCUUUGGGAAUCCUAUGUCCAGAUCUUCUUACAUGGUAAGCUGGGAAGAGGCAUGGGAAUCACACUACAAGGUCGAUUACCGUUUAUUGUAUCUUCGAAAAGAAGAUGACACAUAUACUUAUACGAAUGGAUUAGAAGAAGUGAACUUCAUGACAAAGAGAAGGUUGGAAUCUUAUAUGGGCAAUAUUCUAAAACUCAUGUCGGGAAUGGAUCUCUCGCAGAACAAUUUGACAGGGUAUAUUCCUCCAGAAGUCGGCUACUUGAGUGAACUUCUCUCAUUGAACCUGUCACACAAUCAUUUGACAGGACCGAUCCCGGAAAAAUUUUCCAAUUUGAAGAAUGUAGAGAGCUUGGACCUCUCCUACAACAACUUAACCGGUCCCAUCCCUCCACAACUAAUAGAGCUUUACGCGCUAUCAGAUUUUAGUGUGGCUCACAAUAACUUAUCAGGCAAGACACCAGAUCAAAAAAAUCAAUUUGGAACUUUUCGGGAAGCAAGUUAUGAAGGUAAUCCUCUUCUUUGUGGACCACCAUUAACAAGUUGUCAUGGCUCAAAUCAGAAAUGGGAGACACUGCCAUCUUUUAAUUAUACCAGAGAGGACGAUUCCUGGAGAGAAGCCUUCUUGUGGAGUUUUGCAGGAUCAUAUGUAGUGGCGUUCUUUGGGGUGAUUCUUUUUCUCCAUCUAAACUCGCACUAUCGGUACGUGCUAUUCGGGCUCGUUCGUAAGUUUAUCCCAUCAUUUCCCCAGUAGAUAAUGUUCUUCUAAGCAUUUUGUGAUGAAAUAAUACGAUGAACGGUGGAGAACUUUUGU